UAUAUUGUUAUGUGUACUUUAUAUAGUGGUUACUGACAGGGGCGGACUGACCAUUCAAGCACUCAGGCACUGCCUGAGGGCCCAGGCUCUGUAGGGGGCCCCAUGAGAUGCCCCUGGUACCUUUCAUUGGCUUUUUCAUAGGCUUUUUUGGGUGUGGGCUUGGACACAGGGGCCCCAUGAACCCCUAUUGCCCGGUGGCCCCACGAGUUGUCAGUCCACCCCUGAUAGAAAGUAAUGAGAACUCCAAAAUGUUGCAGCUGACACCAGAACAGGAACUGAGGGAAAAUUAUCGUUCGGAAUACAUGUUCCAAUCACAGCUGUCAAAGAGGGGAAAUCCCCUCAUUUUUUGAGAUUUCUCACUUCC